AAUAAAUAAAAUGGCAAAGGCGCGGUCAAAACCCUAGAAAUCGGAAUAUAUAGAUAUAUAUAAAAAAAGAUACAACAUACAGAGACAGAGAGGACGGAAUCUGCUAAAAAAGUCACUCUGAUUUAACAUUCCUCGCUCUACAUCAUUCACUUUCUAGAAAGUAGUCUCUGUUGAUUGUAAUGGCGGGGCAGAGGAAUAGUUACGGGAAGCGGGCUCAUUCGCAGUCAGAUUAUGAUAUUGGUGGAAAUAAGAGGAGAAAUUCCGGUGAUGAUAGAGAACGUUUUGUUAUUGAUUCGCAAGAUACUGUGUAUCGGUAUUUGUGUCCGGCUAGGAAGAUUGGGAGCAUAAUAGGAAGGGGAGGGGAGAUUAUUAAGCAAUUAAGGAUUGACACUAAGUCAAAGAUUAGGGUUGGUGAAACAGUGCCGGGCUGUGAAGAACGUGUUGUUACCAUCUAUAGCCCGAGUGAUGAGACUAAUGAAUAUGAAGACAGUGGUAAUUACAUUUCUCCUGCACAGGAUGCUCUGUUCAGGGUGCAUGAUAAGGUUAUUGCAGAAGAUUUGCAAGUUGAAGAUGACUCUGAAGGAAGUCCACAAGUCACCGCAAAGCUUCUUGUACCAUCUGAUCAGAUAGGAUGUAUUAUUGGGAAAGGUGGGCAGAUAGUUCAGAACAUACGCAGUGAGACUGGUGCAGUGAUCCGCAUUCUCAAGGAUGAGCAUUUACCUCCUUGUGCGUUAAGCUCAGAUGAGCUUGUACAGAUUUCUGGUGAAGCUGCAGUUCUCAAAAAGGCUUUAUAUCAAAUAGCAUCUCGCCUUCACGAUAAUCCAUCACGGUCUCAGCACUUGCUUGUUUCUGCUGUUCCAAAUGUGUACUCUUCUGUUGGUUCCCUGGUAGGUCCAUCUGCAGCUGCCCCAAUUGUUGGAAUUGCUCCUCUCAUGGGUCCUUAUGGUGGUUUCAAAGGUGAUACUGGAGACUGGUCUCGAUCAUUAUAUUCAGCUCCAAGAGAUGAACUUGCUUCGAAAGAAUUUUCACUUCGUGUGGUAUGUCCAACUGCCAACAUUGGUGCUGUAAUUGGGAAAGGUGGUACCAUCAUCAACCAGAUCAGACAGGAGUCUGGAGCAACAAUCAAAGUUGAUAGUUCAGUUGCUGAAGGAGAUGAUUGCUUGAUAACUAUUUCAGCGAAGGAGAUCUAUGAUCACUAUUCUCCAACAAUAGAAGCAGCCGUACGUUUGCAACCUAGAUGUAGUGAGAAAAUGGAAAGAGAUUCAGGUCUUAUCUCUUUUACUACCCGUCUACUUGUGCCCUCCUCUCGUAUUGGUUGCCUUCUGGGUAAAGGAGGAGUUAUUAUAGAUGAGAUGAGGAAACUUACCAAAGCUAUUAUUCGAAUACCUAGAAAGGAAAAUCUUCCCAAAGUUGCAUCUGAUGAUGAUGAGAUGGUGCAGAUUGCUGGAGACCUGGAUGUUGCCAAGGAUGCUCUCAUACAAAUAAGUCGACGGUUAAGAGCUAAUGUUUUUGACAGGGAAGGUGCAAUGUCUGCUAUUCUACCAGUUUUACCAUACCUUCCUGUCUCAGCUGAAGGUUCGGAGGGUCUAAAUUAUGACAGUAGAGAUGGUAAAAGACAUGGACGUGGGAGUUCUUAUGCUGGUGGCUAUAGCUCAAGUGAUUAUGCUUCUGGUGACGGUUAUGGUAGCUAUGGUAGCUCACAGAUUAAUGCUAGUGGAGGUCCAUAUGGAGCCUAUGGAAGUUAUUCUUCAGGACGCACUGGUACUUCUGGAACUAAAGAUGAGAAUUUCUUGAAGGCUCGUAUCACGGACUCUGCUGUGCUGUCUUGUCCUGUCCGGACACCAUCGGAGGCUUUCCUGGAUUGUUGGAAAAUGUUGAACUCAGGGCUUCAAGUGGUUCUGUCAGGCAUUAACAUUUCAUCAGUUGACCUGGCUAAUCACAGAUGCCAGCACUUUAACUGUGGAAAUCAAGCGUAUCCAGUUAAUUUUUUUGAGCGAGCUUUAUAUGUUUGUAUUUGUAUGUUUGUGUAUUCAGGCACAUGGAAACAAGAAUUAGAUAAUUUAUUUGCAACGAAAUUAAAAACAAUAAACUCUAAUAAAGUGCUUCAAUCACAUCCUCUUGUCGUGUUGGGCAUCAAACCCCUUGGCUAGAAAUUUGUUUUUCUGGGUCAACAAAUGAGCAGUGUGGUUUUCUUGUCAUGGAGAGGUAGAAGUGAUACCGACCACCCAGAGGCUCUAUUCAAUGAGGUCGCUGGUCAAGGUUUAGAACUUUAGAGAGAUGAGAAGAGCUUUCCAUCAUCUUGAGAAAAUGAAGAUAUUCACCGAGAGAAUCACCAAAAUGCUCGAUUGAAUCAGUGAAUAUCGUGGAAAGGAGUGUUGCCAUCGUAGUUGUCUGGUUUUAUCUACGUCGGGCAAGUCCAACUGAUAAUGGCCGGAGGCUGCGUACCUCCUUUUCCCCAAAGAGAAACAUUGUAUAACAAAGGAAAUCUCUCCUGCGAAUUUCAACUCUCGAAUGUCUUGAUUGGACUAUGACUUGCAGACACUUUCCUGAGGCAUUUGUCUCUCAUUUUCCACUCAAGAUUCCAAUCACCUUUGUUUCCUGGUUAUAGCCAACCAGACAACGAGAGAGAACAAUAAUAACAAAUUGCUCUGUUAUACAAUUGCGUCAAACAGGCCAACUUGUUGAAAUUCUCACAGUUGUUUUUGUGUAGCCCCAUUAUAGUAAAUUUGCCCACCUAACUCCAGGCAAGUGUACUGCAUCCAGUGGACAGGCUCCAUGACUCCGUCAAAAUGGUGUGCAAAUAAUUAAAAGGGUUGCUGCUGCUCUGAGUUCACGUGAUGGGGAUAGAUCGUAUAGGCUUAAUCUCUCUUGGUUUUAGCGCCAAUGGACGGUCACAUCAAUCCUCAUGAACCCUCCUUAUGGACGGUCACUCAACUUUUCCUGUUACUCUUCUAGACGAAGGACAUAUAUUUGAACAGUUCUAGAGAUGUCCUCUCUGUACAAAAGAUAACAUCAUUAAUACUACAGAUCACGGACACUUGUCUUUAUAAACGACCUCAUGGGUGCUUCUGUCUAUUGCUUCAAACCCUAUUCGUCCAUGCUCUGCCAAGAGAGCCUUACUCCAAUCUACCCCUUCCUCUCUACCUGUUUCCACAUUGUUUUUGUCGAAAUUAAAAGAGAGAGUUCUCUUACAUAUUUUCUUGAAAGGAAUUAUUGUCUUUCUUCUUUGGGAAAAUUCCUACACAUCCUUGUGUCGUUUAGUUUAGGGCAUCGUGAGGCUAAAUUUCAUUGGGGCUGAUUUCUUUUCCCCUUUCUUUUUGUCUGGUGCUCCUUCGCUUCGCUCUUGGAAAUGAUUAUUUCUUGGAGGGCCUUUUUAUGUCAUUUGUUAUGGUACUUUUCAUCCUAGGUCUUGCAUGAGGGAAUGGGGUUUAUGUGGUGCAGCCAAGGAUGACUUGCCGGUAUAAGCUAUGAUCAAUAGCUAUAUCUAUGGUAUUUUUCAUCCUAGGUUUGGCUAUAUAUAUAUAUAUAUAUAUAUAUAUAUAUAUAUAUAUAGCCAGUUAAUUGCUAUAAAUCUCAGCACAUUUAUGUUUUAUAUGUCUGCACACAGACACACACAUCAUUGAAUGGUGAUGUUCCACCUCCUAUGAUCAGUAGUCAAUCGGCAAGUCAUCUCUGGCUACUCAACUCCCUCCUUUUCUCGUGCCAGAUCUUUAUGAUGAUAACGCAAGACUACGUAUACUAGAUACUGGUGGGGUGAAUGCAUGGUUGUUUAAUGAAUGGAUUUUGGCUUUCGGCUCUGACAAGGAAUGUUAAAAUAAUAAUUAAUCUAUAGAAAUCAUUUUAUAUUAUUAUAUCUAAUAUUUUUUUCUUCCAAUACACACACACCCGCUCAACUGCACAGACAAACACACCUGCACACAGCACACUGUUUUUUUCUUUCAAGUUGAUGUCAUUUUCUUUUUUACUUCUCUCUUUGCAAACUUCGCAGAUGAAGCCAUUCAGCAUGUCAUCCUUCAAGGUGCUUCAAGUUGGUGUAUUUUUAUGUGCAGGUCUAUCAACUGUAACUCCACUUCAAAAUAUAUGUUAUACGUUGAUUGAAGAACAAGAUCAGCUAGAAUCACUGGUGCAGUCCAAGUAAUUACAGACCUCAUGAACUGUUACAAGUUCUUGAUUAUCUCAUGGGUACACAAGUAUCAAGUAGUCAAGCCAUACUUACCAUAUAGCAGCAAGACUGUAUACUAUCGCAGUUUGCUUGCAGGCGUCCUUAGCGGUUGGGAAGCUGGAAACAAUUGUCCUUUGGAGAAGUAUUUAUCCAAGUUCAUUAAAUUGAUGUUAUGCUUCCUACUGUUUCGAGUAGGUGUGAAAAAAAUAUUGUACUCUACAAAAAAUGAAAAACAAGAUAUUACCCUUCUUGCUCAACAAACAAAAAGAAGAAAGCAACACAAAAUGAUUUUUUUUUUAUUUACGUACAUGUACGGACAAUGCAUUUUCAACUCCAUUUACAGGAAUAAUUGAAAAUGAAUGCUGUCUUUUUUUUU